AUGAGCUGCCCGUAUUGCCUUUCCUUUACACCACCGGCAGCUGUGCCGCGGCCCGUUCGGAGUGGUUUGACCGGCCCGGGCGCAGCCCUCCAGCAGCGCCAGAUUGAGCAGAGCCGGACUCUGGUGAAGGCAUAUUGGGAGUUUGAGGAAGGUGAAAACCGUUGGCUGGGCUUCUCUCCCAAAGUCAGUGUCCUCCUCGAAGCUGCUUAUCAAAAUUGGCUCCAGAAUCCCAGCGAGAUUCAGUCCAAAAUCAAUGCCGGAGGUUUCUUGUAUAAUGUGGACUACACUACCCUUUUGGAGGAGGGCCAGCGGCAAAGUCAGCGCAUUCGCCGCGUGGGAGUUACAGCAGACCAAUCCUCGGCGAACGGUGGUAAUGCCAACGGCUUCUGCACCGUGGACCCUGUGCUGUGGAGUGACAUGCAAAAGCAGCUGCAAGACCUCAAGGAAGAACAGGAGUGGCUUCUAGGAUUGCUGCGGGGACGAAGCAGCAACACGGAAGACUUCGACACUCUGGAUCUCAAAGCCAAGGGUGCUUACGGUCCUCUGGCCGAGGAGGUGGCGAGGCUCUGGCGGCAGCUGGAGGAUGCCGAGGCCGCCGUGCGUGCUGCGAAGAAGGCGGCCGAGGAGGCGGAGGCCUUGCUGGUACGGCUCCGCGACUCCGUGCUGCCGGGUCGUUUGCUUGCCUUCGCCUCGGGUCUGGCAGUGGCCCGGGCUGUGGAGGACGGCGAAGUCCUGGUGCUUCCAGGCGGCGAAGCACUGCCUGAGUUCGUGGCGAUGAGGGACGUGCAGGUGUCCAACGCGGGGUUGCUGGCACGUCCAGGCUCCAAGGUUUGGUACUUGGACGGAGGAAUUCCCAAGGCUGGUGUGGUUUGCGGGCCUCCACUGGAUCCAAAAAUGGACUUGCACGGGAGCCGGAACAACCACCAUAGCCCUGGGCCUCAAAGGAGAAGCGAGAGCUCCUUCGGUGCGCAAAUGCACUCCGUUGACGUCCUACGAGCCGAUGGCCGGUGCUUCCCUGUCCCCAUAGCGAGCUUGCAGAGCCGUUUGGGCACAGAUCCCGGACUGAGCGUCGGUGACCUGGUGCGUGCACAACCCAGCCAAGAAGCAGACUGCACAAGCAGACCUUUGGGCACCGUGCUCCAGGUGGAGGACAGCUCUGGAAGCGCAAGCAGUGUUUGUGUGCGAUUUCCAGAUGAAGCUGGAGGAUUUCAAGACGUUAUGUUUGCUGCCAGCAAGCUUUCGGAGCUGGAGCUGGAUAAGGAGUCCGAUCUCAUCCGUCCAGGUGUCGCCGUUCGGCUGAGGAUGCCCCGUGCUGGGCUCAAGGGUGCGACAGGUGUGGUGUUUGCUCUGCAUGGCAAUGCAACAGCCGUGGUGGACUUCCUCGGAAGCUGGGGCCAUCGUUGUGCUGCAUCUGACCUGGAAGUAGUGGAGGACCCUCCCAGGGUUGAAGUCGAGAUCAUCAAGACGCUGAGCGAGUGCCUGACCUGGACCGAGCUGCUGGCCGCAGAAAAGUCCUAG